UCGGACUGUCAACAAAGAAAGAAGCUAUUUUGUUUAUUUCCGUGUGCCGAAAAAACAUAUCGCUUAAAAAAAUCUCAGUCAGAGAGUGUGAAAAUGUGUAUUGACGUGGCGGCUGGCAAUCGAAAGCCGUAUGGAUUUCUCUUUAAAAAUGAUCUAAAUGAAUUUGUUUACAGUUGUAGUCGUUGUGAUGAAGAGUUCAGUGCUGGUAAUGAUUUGGAGCAUCAUACCGUCGGUCAUGAUGUGAAAGAGGAGUGUGAAUCGUUGCCAAAUCAAGAUUUGGUCAUUGAUUUAGAGCCGAUUGAAGUGUUUUCGCCGAAUUUUUCACCGACCGAAAAUGUAAAAAAUGAAUCGAUCCCAUUGGAUAGCAGUACAAAAGAGGAGAUGGCCAUUUAUUUGCCGUUCGAAUCACAAAAAUUGGAGAUAGCCAUGGAGGAUAAAGAUACAGCGGCUGAUGAUGAUGAUGAUAAUGCAUUUGAACCGCUUGCCGAUGAUUUUUCGUCAUUUGAAUUCCAAAAUGAUCCAUCAUCAUCGUCGUCGGAUGAUGAGGACUUUUUCAAACCAACCACCAAGAAGAAAUCGACGAAAAAAAGCAACAAAACAACGAAAGAAUCCAAGAAAAAAACAUACACCUGUGAAAUUUGCUCAAGAAUAUUUACAUCAUUGGCACGAAUUAAACAGCACAUGUUUGCCGGGCAUAUUAAGAAAAAGAAACAAGCAAAACGACCGCUCAGCCCAACGUUGUGUACGUUGUGCGGAAAAACAAUUAGAGACAUGAAGACCCAUUUGAAAAUAUUUCAUUCUACGGAACGACCUUUUAAGUGUAAUUUUUGUGAGGCCACAUUUAAGCAAAAAGUGCAUCGAGACACCCAUGUUAGACAACAUACGGGAGAAAAACCAUAUAUCUGCCACUUGUGUGGACGCAGCUACCAUGCACAAAGCGUGUUAAACGCUCAUAUGAACCGGUAUCACCUGCAUUUGAAACCACAUAAAUGUGAUCGCUGUGGCAAUGCCUAUCGGCAGCUGUAUGAACUGAGAGACCACAUUAAUUUACAUCAUCUAAACCAGAAGAUGUAUCCAUGUGAAGUAUGUGAUCGACGAUUCGGGACGAGAAAACAUUUACACCAACAUAUGUUAAGCCACGGCGAAAAACGAUUUCAGUGUAAAUUUUGUGAUCAAAAAUUUGCCACCACAUCGGGCCGGAGGGGACACGAAAUUCGUAACCAUGGUGCAAUUUAAAUAUGCAAUUUAUUUAAUACUGUCGACAAGAUACAAGGCUCAAGCUAACUAGCCAGUUACUGUUAUUGGUAGUUGUUAUUGGUACAUGACACAGUCACGUCGCUUUGACGAACGUUUUUAUCACAGAAAUUUCUGUAUUUGAUUGAAAUCUAGAAUCGAACAAAAAAUACCAUUAACAGCAACUAACCAAUUAACCACAAUUAACUAAAUUAGGUCUGCUAUCCUUUUCUAUGCAAUUUACUGUAGGAUCUACAGUGUAGGUGUAGGUAGAUGCAAUAAGCAACAACAACACAUAUAAAAUAAAAAUCAUAUGAAUAGAAUAUGAUCGACGUCGACGAUUAGACGAAAACAUAAAUGUCAAAGACAAUAUAUAAUUUUGAGUGCUGAAAAAAAUUAAUAUAAUCGAACGAAAAUUUAAUUGAAUUCAUUUGAAGCGCACAUUCAAUUGAACCGUGGUUUUUUUAUUCAUAGAAUUUAAGCAGUGAGAUUAGUGU